GCCUCGCGCACGCGCACGGCCGCCCCGCCGCGUCCGGGAGCGGCCGCGGGAAUGUCGGUCCCAUCUCUUCGCUCCAUCAAUACCCGCGAGCUCUCCGAGGUCUUCUUCAACAACCGCACCCCCCGCUCCGUCCUCCCCGUCUGGGUGGAUUUCGAAGGCAAACCCCGCGGCUAUCCCGUGCUGCAGCCGCGCACCGGGCGGCUCAUGCACAGCUACCGCGGUCACCUCUGGCUGUUCCGGGACGCGGGGACAAAUGAUGGGCUCCUUGUCAACAAGCAGGAGCUGUUUAUAGCAGCUCCCAACGUGAAUACAGCAGACAUCACGCUGCCAGUGUUCAGUCUGAAAGAGAGAUGUCUCCAGGUGGUUCGCAGUCUAGUCAAACCAAUGGACUACAGGAAACUGGACAUUGUUCGAUCGCUGUAUGAAGAGCUGGAAGAUUAUCCCGAUGUUAAGAAGGAUCUUCAGCGGCUUUCUCUGGAGAGAAGUGAAACAUUGAGGAACGAAAUCCUGGAAUAACAUGAUUGCUCACUCCAGACUUUUUAAAUAGCAAACUACUGCGUUUAAGCAGGGAGGGUCACUGUGAAACAUUCCAAAAACUAAUGUAUGUAUUUUAAGCCCUGAAACAUAAAGUAAGUUAAAUUGUAGAAAAAUUGCUGUGAUUCUAAGUCAGAUCCAAAAGACUGAACAGCAGGGGAAAGUCCACCAGGUUCCUGAUGGCUAAGUUCUGCUCUCAUUGUGUUUAUUGCAAACUGGUGACUCUAGAGGUAUCACACAGGUGUAGCUCAGAGAAAUUUUAUGUGGACUGACUCAGAACACUGCGUAGGGUUAUAAGAUCAGGUCAUCUAUUUGGAGAAUAUGCAUACCAGUAAACUUUCAUUGUAUUGGUAAGUAAUUUACACCAAGGAUUAAUUUAAUACAGACUCUACUGAUUGUAAGUGGCAGAGCAACACCAGUUUUGCUUGAAUAAUUUUUUUAAAUGGAAUUUACUCCAUCACACUUAGCCUAGAUUUGCCUGUGAAUCAUAAAGUGUGGGGGCUGAUUUAGUACGCAAGGAUUUCCACCACCACCUUCUGAGGACCUGACCUGAAACAUCAUGUUGGUGGAAAGAUGAUGUGUAAAUGCUUCAGGGGUUUUCUGCCUCUUGGCUUUGUGUUUCCAAAGCCAAGUCAUCUCUGCUCUGAGACUGACAGUUUUUCACACAGAUUGUACUUUGAGUGCCUUUUUUGUCCUUCAUGAUUGGAUUUUUGCCUAGUUGAUCUCGAGGUGAUCCCAACCAUGUAGACUAGGUCUUGGUUCUGGGACACUCCUUUGUAGCUGCUCCUCCUGCUGCCUGUACAGGUAUGGUGAGUAGCGUUCGUAGAAAGUAGGUGCUCAGAGUCUUACCUUUUCCAUCGCAAUAUAGUAGUUCAGGUUGUAGUAGGAGGCCUUUUGGAGAGCUUGGGGCAGUCAAGCCACUAGUGUCAGGAUCAUAAGGAACAGCCAGCAGACAGUGUCAACUCAUAGAGGCCUGUUGCUAGAUCCAGAUCACAGGCAGAUCCAUGCUUUGUUACAGGCUAGAUAAGCAGAGGGAACACUACCUAUAUUCUAUUCCUGCUGUACCUUGAUUAGAAUGUGUAUUUGUGUGAACGCAUACAUUUAAUUGAAGGCAGCAUUGCUUUUAGCAGGUGCAUGAAUUGUUCUCCGAGUAACAGGUAGUGCUCUCCAAUGUUAGAAGCGGGUUCAUAAGAGAUUAUGGCAGAUUAUUUCCGUGGCAUUCAUUUCUUUCCAGUUGCACAUUCUUACAAACCCAGCUGUGAAACUGAGAUCAAUCAAUGUAUUCUGUAAGUAUGGAAUAUCUCCCAUUUUUUAGCUUUGUUUUUCUUACAUAUUUGAAAUUUAUUAAUUGAUCUUUGUCAUAAAAAUGUAAAUAUGUGGUAACUUUUUUACUCUUAAUUCUGUCAAAUAAUUCACAAUGCUUGUGAUUAUGCCUGUAUUCCUGCAAUAUUCCUGAAAGUCAUUCUAGUUAUCAGUAAUAGUUACCUUUGGACAAAGUUUACAAACUGUUCCAGCCCCCUGUUGCUGCUGAACUUCAUUGUGGCUCACACUAAAUUGUUAUCACAACUUUAGGCAGUGUCUGCGCAUAAAUGUAGCUACAUUACAAUUUCUGCUUUUACCACCAUUUGCAGGUCUCUUUCAGAGAAAAGUGAGCCUGUGCAGGACUCAGGGGCAGACAUCAGUAAAUCAUCCGGCUCUGUGGCAGAAGGUGUUGCAUUGUGCUCCUGCAGGUGGGUCCAACAGACACCUGAGAGGAUUUCUCUUCUGUUGUCCACAGGAUGCUCUGUGUUAUGGUUAAUGUGGCAACACUGCCAGCCACUUGCAGAAAACUGGCCUGGCUGAAUCUCUAGUUGUUCUUUUAACGUAGGUGUUAGGUCUUAGGUUCAACAGAUUUGUACAUAUCACAAACAUUCUGUAUAUUUCUGAUUUUCCUGCGGUCUGUGAUCUCUUGCUUUGCUUGUCAGAAUAAUUUAAAUUUAUUCCAGUAACCUAUGACUUCUUCCAGUAUAAAGCCAGUCGGUGAUACUUUUCUAGCAGAAUGUUUAUGAUUACUAAGCGAUCAGAUUCUUUGGAUUCCUGAAUGUUGGAGGACCGAAAAGCAUGUUUACAUAUCCAUGACUUGCCAAAAACAAAUAUACAAAAAAUACUACCACAUGAUCUCAUUGCUCAUAGGAGUAUCUUUGCUUAACUUUUAGUUGUAACUACUGAAUUCCAAAGCAACUGAAGUCCCUAGGUAAAGAUUGGCUCCGGAUAGGGAACCAUUACUUGUGGAUGCUUUGUGUUGAUGUACUGUGGUUCAGAUCAUUUUCUAAGGGAAAUUUUCUGUCUACGUUUUCGAAGAUUGACUUGAGGGUUGUUUGUUACUGUGUAAAAAUGAACCAAGGGUCAACGGAAAGACUGACUGAUGAGAGUACAGCCAAAGCAGGGAGUGUUGGGUUGUUUCUUAAUGACUGUUCAAUUCGAAUCACAUAAAAAUACAGAAGCACUUCUCAGAGUAGAGACUGUCCUUCAGCUCUGUGCUGUCAUCUGCAGUCGCAUAUAUAUGGUCACUCUACCACCUUUAUCUCAUUGAUUUGUGUUUCAAAAAUGAAACUGAUUUGAGUCUU